GCUGCCCUGGCUUGGCAAGUCCCUACUCUGCUUUCUCCCUGGAACUCCCUCUCAGCCCGUUGAGCUACUCAGGUCAACGCUGUGACAUGCAAGAGGUUGCUCUGAGCCUGUUGGUCCUUCUAGCAGGCCUGCCUACUUCGGAUGCCAAUGACCCUGAAGAUAAAGAUAGCCCUUUCUACUAUGAUUGGCACAGCCUCCGAGUUGGCGGACUCAUCUGUGCAGGGAUUCUCUGUGCCCUGGGCAUUAUAGUCCUUAUGAGUGGAAAAUGCAAAUGCAAGUUCAGCCAGAAACCCAGUCACCGUCCAGGAGAUGGGCCACCUCUCAUCACACCAGGCUCUGCUCACAACUGCUGAAGAUGGACCAGUUAAAAGAGCACAGGUCCUGGCUCUGGAGGUGGGCUUGAACUCCAAGACGGCGGAUCCCCUCCUCUCCUGACACUGCCUUCCCCGAGCCUUGUCUUACCCCUUGUGGUAACAGGCUCUUUGUUCAGUUUUUAAUAUAAAAUGAUUUUACAUCAUG